UGAGACGUUUGUUUCUGGUGUUUUCAGAAAACGCGAUAGCAUGUGGCAUAUUCAUUGGUAGAAAAGGCUUUGUUAUUCUGCUCAGCUUUUCUGCUCCUCUUUUUGUCGCUGUUAGGAAACAUACUUCGUUUUGAAACGAGACUUUUGUCUGUAGUUUUCAAGCUGGCGAAGGAAACUGCUGCCCAUAACUUAAAAUGUCACAGGCCACUAAACGCAAACAUGUUGUGAAGGAAGUUCUGGGAGACUUCAUCACUCCCACGGAGAACCAGCAGAUUGUGAAGGUGACUGGUAGCCGCGGUAACAACCUCCACGAAACGAUCACGGCUCAGGGCGAGACGUUCCUGGUUAGCAUGCCCACCAAGUUCCGCAAGAACAUCUGGAUCAAGAGAGGUGAUUAUGUCAUCGUGGAUCCUAUUGAAGAAGGGGAGAAGGUGAAGGCAGAGAUCAGCUUCAUUCUCUACAAAGAUCACAUUCAGAACCUGCAGAAACAGCAACUCUGGCCCGAGGGCUUUAUGGAGGAGCAGUCAUCGCAGGACAAGACGAGCAGCAAGGAAGAGGAGGCGGAAGGGAGAGACGACGAAGAGGAAGGAAGCGACUCCGAAGACGACGACAGUGACCUCUUUGUGAACACAAACCGCUGUAACUACCAGUACAGUGAGAGCGAAGAUGAGGACGACACUGAGGAGGAGGAGGAGGAAGAAGACGAGGAGGAGAAAAGGACAGAAAAUGGAUCAUAGCAGCUUGUGAGCUGGGAAGAUCCAGUGACUCUCCGACUGAUCUUGAUUCCACGAUGAUUUCAAACGUUUGUUCUUGUGCAACGGCUCCCUCUGCAGGCCAGCUGUGAGAGAACAGCCGAGGGCUGGAGUGGCUGGGCUCCUCAGUGAACCUAAUUGUUGCUGUUUCUACCAAAAACAAUCUAAAAUGUUCCAGUGAAACUGAAAUACAACUAGAAGAAGCACCAGAUGUGUUCCUGUCUUUCCUUCUAAAUUCCCAGUAAAACUUUUAAGCCUCGUUUUUUUCAGGUCGGUUUCUACAACAGUCCUCAACUGCGACUGCAGCAAUAGAGUAAAACAUUUAUUUAAUCUCCAGUUAUUGCUUUAAUGGGAUAAAUAAAUCAAUAAAAAGUGUAAACAAUAUUUUAAUGAAAUAAACAUAUUUUGUCAGCUUGAUAGUUACUUUGCCCCUUUGCCGUUCUCCUGUUUUUUGUCAAGUUUCAAAAAGGAGCCGCCUGCCACUAGAUGAUUUGGUCCAACUUUAUUUGUCCCAGACAGGGAAAUGUCCUAGUUGCUUUUAUAGCCAAUUGUUCAAAAUGAUUUUCUAUGAUUUACUGUAUGUUAUGGCUAUAUUACUUCAAUAAAUGGUGUUUACCAACAGGU